UGGCGGAUGGCGCGCCCGCCAGCGCUUGACGCCGGGGGCUGGGAGGCCUCCUACAGCGCGCUCUCGGCCGCCGGCGCCGCGGGCGCGCCGCUCGACGACGCGCAGGUCCUGGCCUCGCCGCCGCGCACGCGGUCGCGGGUGCCCUCCAGCGACAACCUCUUCGUGGACCUGGCCUCGUGCGGCAAGGAGGGGCUGUCCGCCAGGAUCGGCCAGUUCCUGGACGGCCUCCAGCGGUACAGCGAGGUGACGUCCCCGAGGGCCGAGGUCGUCGGCUUCGCGGGCAGCGGCAUGCGCCAGGGCUCCGUGGCCAGCGGCGUCUUCACGCUGGUGGCCUCGGCCAUGGGCGCCGGGUGUCUGUCCCUGCCGCACAUGUUCCGGCGCAGCGGCGUGGGCCUGGGGCUUGCGCUGCUCGCCUGCGGUGCCCUGCUCGCCCACGUCGGGCUGGUGGUGCUGAUGAGCUGCGCCAGGUACACCAACAGCGGGUCGUUCGCCAGGCUGGUGUCCUUCGGAAGCGCCGACGGCAGCGCCCCAAGCCGCAGCGCAUCGGUCGACGCUGUCAUCGCCGCGUAUGGCCUGGCCGCGGUGCUGAUCUACAUGAUGCUCAUCGGGGACUUCUUCGAGGGCAUCGCGCAUUCCGCCGCAGUGGGUCUCACGGGCAUGUCUCGCCAGACUCUGAUAUUGGGCUCCCUGCUGGUGGUCUUCCCGAUGUCUGUGCCGAAGAGCGUCACAGCGUUGCGGUACAUCUCGAUCCUCAGCACCGCCUCCAUAGCCUUCAUGAUGGUGGUGGUGAUGCUCAAGACGCCCGGCUUCCUGCAGGCCCCCGAGGCGCGCGGCCACGUGGUCUGGUUCCAGGGCGACAUGCGCUCCACACUCCAGUCGUUCUCCAUUGCCAUCUUCGCGUUCAGCGCGCACACCAACGCGGUGCCCGUCGCGAUAGCCUUGGACCACCCGCGACCGGCGGUGAUUUGGCAGGUGUCUCUGACCUCAGUGAUCAUCGAGCUCGUGAUCUACUCGGCGAUUGCAGCCUGCGGCUACAUGUCCUUCCUGGACGAUACGAAGCAGGACUUUAUCCGCAACUACUCGGAGGACGACCGGAUGAUGCUUGUCGUGCGGUGCGUGUACGCGAUCCCGGUGGUGCUCGGCGUCCCCAUCAACCUCUCGCCCGCUGUCGGCUCCAUGAAGGCUCUUGCCAAAGGCGCCCUGGCCGCGGCCACCAGGUCGCCCGCCGCCUCGCGGAAGCCGCCGGCCGCACCGCGGCGCUCGCCGCUGCGGUCCCUGCUCCGGCAGGCCCCGCACGUGGCCCUCAUCGCGGCGGUGCUCGGCGCCUGCGCCGCGCUGGCGAUCUGGUGCGAGGCCAUCGCGGACGUCAUCGGCCUUUUCGGCAGCUUCUUCGGGACGCUGAUCUGCCUGGUCUGGCCGUGCAGGAUCUACCACUCCAUCAUGGGCAGGCUCCACUCGAGGUGCAUCGGCGUCCCCGUGGGCUAUGCGCUCCUCCUGGCCACGGUGGUCGGCGCGCUCUCCUUCGUCCUGCAGGCCUCGGACUUCGCGCGCCGCGCCCUCGGGCUGUAGAGAGGCGCGCGCCCCGUGGGCGCAUCGAUCUCGGGCGGCCGCGCCCCUCCCCGCGCGGUUUGCCCUGUCGGGCCUGGCCUCGCCCUGCCGCCUUGCGGCCGGCCAAAUCCGCGCGGACCUCUGAAAUUUAUGUUCAUGUCGUUGUUUGUUCCUCGUUUGGUUUACUCCGGCCCACAUCAGGUGGCCAGAUGGAGUCGCGGAUUGGUGUUCGCUCGGUCCUGGUGUGGAGUUCCAGGCUAAUACCGCAGAGGAAGUGGCCACUUAGCGGCACACUUCGCGUUCUGCUUUUCUACGGAAUAGGUCGGCCACGCGCAGAGGGGGGUAGGGGAGGAGGGAAGGUUUCUUGGAAGCACCGCUGCUUCUUGGAAGGCCGGGCCUUCUAAGAAGCAGCCUUCUCCUAAGAAGCCUUCCCCCCUCCCCCCAUACCCCCCUGUGCGUGCCGCCAGAUAGGUUAGAUUGUUUCAGGUGUUCGAUCAUUGACCGCUUGCCGUAUGUAUAUCAAGGGGUCCAUGGUCGAAUAUAUUGAAUUCUUGGACGUGGCGGAGG